GUAUGACAGUUCCUGGGUCAGGGCAGAGCUGCAUGCUUUGCACUGUGUCUGAGCUCUGUGUCCUGUAAUAGAGACUUGUCCUCGACGGAGCACCUAUUUUCCAACCUUGGCUUGAAGACAUGCGUCUUACUCAGCUCCUCGCCGCUUCACAUAAGAUUACCCUUCCCCGUGAUUAUCGGUUUGGGAUGAGUCGACCAUCAACAGCGGCGGCUAAAAAAAAAAACCCUCCUGCAAAGAGACGAAACAAAAUAUUUGUAGAUACCGUCAGCGACAGGGAGUGGAAGUAUUUCCGUGGAGACACGGUUGAAGUACUAUUUGGAAAAGAUACCGGGAAGCAAGGAAAGGUCACACAAGUGGUGCGAGCACGCAACUGGGUGGUGGUAGACAGUCUAAACACGCAUUACCGCUACAUUGGUCGUACUGAUGACUAUAGGGGAACCUAUGUAGCGAGUGAAGCCCCUCUUCUGCUAAGCCAGGUCUCUCUCGUUGACCCCACAGACAAGAAACCUACAGAUGUAGAAUGGCGGUAUACAGAGGAAGGCGAAAGGGUGAGAGUGUCCUUGAGAACUGGACGCAUAAUUCCAAAGCCUGUCUUGCAACGACGAGAUGGGAUCAUACCCGAGCAGUGGAAAGAUGGCCCCAAGGACACCUCUGUAGAAGAUGCCCUAGAAAAGACUUACAUUCCCUCCCUGAAGACCUUUCAAGAAGAAAUCAUGGAGAAACUUGGCAUUGUAGAUAACCGCCGUUUCAGGAAGUCCUUCUGGUAUUAAUGUACUUUGACUUAACCGUGGCCAUUGUUUGCACAUAUCGAAACGAAUGGAUACAGGCAAUGAGUCAAAACCGUCCCAGGAAUACCUCCAGGUCAGGUCAAGUCAUUCGUUCAAAACAUCUCACCUUCUGUUAAAGACUUAUUGAACUUCACCUACACAGAUAUUAAAACCAAAGUGCUGGAUAAGACAGAACUUUUGAGUGUUUCGUGGUUAUGGAUUUAGUAAAACCGCGAACUCUCAUAGUUUUCAAAACACACUGAGACUAUGCUUUGAUGUGCAUGUAGGCUCUUUGUUACAGACUAACAUCAUUUUAUUUUGAUAUUCAUAGAGCUUUUUGACUUUGGCAAAAUAUUUGUUUCUUUAAGGACAGUAAACAAUUCCUCUUCUUUCUGUUGUAAACAUAUUUGUGGGAAAUGUAUUGCGUUCUGGCCAUAUCUGCAGAGCAGAAUUCCCUUAUCUUAUCUAUAAAGGGGAAAAAUGUAAGAUGUAAUUAUAAAUUAAACAAAGAUUUACCUUCAUGAAAAGUAUUUUUGCUAAUUUAACAGACUAUUUGGGUUGUUGAAAAAAGUCCAAAUACUUUCGGAUUGGCAAAAUUUGGUGAAAAUCUACAUUUUCUGAUUUCUUGCAAAUUGGUUAUUCUCUAAAGUCCAGUUGGUUGUUUUUGGUGAAUAGCACCAACAUUGCACAUCCACCUUAGAAUAAUUUCUAGUCUGCAAUAAAUAAAUCAACAGAGAAAUUGGUUGAAACCCAUACAAAGUGUGAAAACCAGAUAUUAAACACUGAAAAAAUGAGCAAACUCAGUCCAACCUGUUGCAUUAAAAGGCACGUUGAAAAAUAAUUUUUUUUGCAAACUCAGCCACAUAAACCUGCAAUAUUUGGCCGCUUACCAGGCAAAUGGUAUAAAAUAAAUGUGGGUACCAGAAACUGUUAUGCUUUUAUUAUUUAAAAUAAAAUGCAUGUAUUAUA